AUGGAAAAAUCUGGGUAUGGCCGAGAUGGAAUAUACAGAUCUCUCCGGCCACCGUUGAUCGUCCCCAGAGAUCCCAAUCUCUCCAUGGUCUCAUUCCUCUUCAGAAACAUCUCUUCGUAUCCCGACAAACCGGCCCUCGUUGACUCUCACUCCGGCGAAACCUUAACAUUCACCCAGUUCAAAUCUAUGGUGUCCAUGGUCUCACAAGGCUUACUACAACUGGGUAUACAGAAGAACGAUGUAGUUCUCAUUAUCUGCACGAAUUCAAUCCAAUACCCACUCUGUUUCUUUGGGAUCGUCGCUAUUGGCGCCAUCGCAACCACUGUAAAUCCUAUUUACACUGUCUCUGAGAUUUCUAAACAGGUUAAAGAUUGUAAACCCAAGCUUAUUAUUACUGAUAUUGGACUGUAUGAAAAAGUUACAGGAUUUGAUUUACCAACAGUAAUUUUGGGUUCAGACAAAACAGUUGAAAAUCUGAAUUCAUCUUCACGAAUUACCCUGUUUAAUGACUUAGUAAACAAUCCCGGAAUGCCAAUUUCACUGAAGAAUUCUGUUAAGCAAACGGAUACGGCUGCGUUAUUGUACUCAUCAGGUACCACUGGAACUAGUAAGGGGGUGGUGCUUACCCAUCGGAAUUUUAUUGCGGCUGCGUUAAUGCUGACGGCCGAUCAAGAAUUGGCCGGUGAAAUGCACAAUGUGUUUCUGUGUGUGCUUCCAAUGUUUCAUGUGUUUGGACUCGCUGUUAUUAUGUAUGCGCAGCUGCAGAGAGGCAAUGCGAUUGUGUCAAUGGGGAGGUUUGAUCUUGAGUUGCUUUUGAGGAUGGUUGAGAAGUAUAGAAUUACACAUAUGUGGGUUGUGCCUCCAAUUAUACUUGCUAUGGCUAAGCAUAGUUUGGUUAAGAAGUAUGACUUGUCGUCUUUGAGGCAAAUUGGGUCGGGUGCUGCACCACUGGUCAAGGAUUUAAUGGUGGAGUGUGCAAAGAAUUUCCCUCAAGCUCUUGUGGUUCAGGGCUACGGUAUGACUGAAACUUGUGGAAUCGUCUCAGUGGAGAGCCCAAGUGUCGGCCCUCGACAUUCUGGUUCAGCAGGAAGGCUUGUUUCAGGGGUUGAAUCGCAGAUAGUUAGUUUGCAGACACUGAAGCCUCUUCCUCCUAAUCAAUUAGGGGAAAUCUGGGUUCGAGGACCAAACAUGAUGCAAGGUUAUCUCAACAACCUACAGGCUACGAAACUCACUAUAGAUAAACAGGGUUGGGUACAUACCGGAGAUCUUGGAUAUUUUGAUGACGACGGACAACUGUUUGUUGUUGACCGAAUUAAAGAGCUAAUCAAAUAUAAAGGCUUUCAGGUUGCACCUGCUGAGCUCGAAGGGCUACUUAUUUCGCACCCUGAAAUACUGGAUGCUGUGGUAAUCCCAUUUCCUGAUGCUGAAGCCGGAGAGGUCCCAAUCGCAUAUGUUGUACGCUCUCCCAACAGUUCUCUGACUGAAGAAGAUGUUCAGAAAUUUAUUGCGAGUCAGGUUGCACCUUUCAAAAGAUUGCGAAGGGUAACAUUCAUAAACAGUGUCCCAAAGUCAGCUUCAGGCAAGAUUCUCAGAAGAGAGCUUAUUGAGAAAGUCCGAUCCAAGCUGUAA